GAUUUUUUUUCUUUCAUUUCCCGACGGACGACGAGGCGAGGCGUUCGUUCGAUCGUUUGUUCACGUCAUCUUUUUACCCGUGUAAUGUCUGAUUUCUGUGUCCCACAUGCUUAGGGGUAACCGAAUAAAGAAGAAAUCCAAGAAUCCCCGCACAAGAAGAAAAGUACGCGCGACGGCGGACGUAAAUGUGAACUAGAAAGUGUUUAAUCGAGUCGCGAGUGUCGUCCGUCCGGUUGGAUCUGGUUAUAGGCGGUUCAAACUGACUCCGGGCUCCCUUUCCCUCGUAUACCUUUAUUUUGGGGUUUACUAGUGUUAUUUUAAAGACUUACUUUUACUAUAAUCUUUAUUAAAUUAGUGUUUUUGUGUGAGUUUUCACUUGAAACCGAUCCAAAAUGUCUGAGGAGUCGUCAGCAGAUCGUAAUGUUGAAAUAUGGAAAAUCAAGAAACUCAUCAAGAGUUUGGAGAUGGCGAGAGGCAAUGGCACAUCAAUGAUAUCACUCAUCAUCCCGCCUAAGGACCAGAUCUCCCGCGUGUCCAAGAUGUUGGCUGACGAGUUCGGCACCGCGUCCAACAUCAAGUCGCGCGUCAACAGGCUCUCUGUGCUCGGGGCCAUCACCUCUGUACAGCAUCGGCUCAAGCUCUAUACUAAAGUACCUCCAAACGGCCUGGUGAUCUACUGCGGGACCAUCGUAACGGAGGAAGGCAAGGAGAAGAAAGUGAAUAUCGACUUCGAGCCGUUCAAACCGAUCAACACGUCGCUCUACCUGUGCGACAACAAGUUCCAUACAGAAGCCCUGACCGCUCUGCUCGCUGAUGACAACAAGUUCGGGUUCAUUGUUAUGGAUGGUAACGGCGCCCUGUUUGGUACGCUGCAGGGGAAUACUCGAGAGGUGCUUCACAAGUUCACAGUGGACCUCCCAAAGAAGCACGGGCGCGGUGGUCAGUCGGCGCUCCGUUUCGCGCGUCUGCGUAUGGAGAAACGUCACAACUACGUGAGGAAGGUGGCGGAGGUGGCCACGCAGCUGUUCAUCAGCGCGGACCGGCCCAACGUGGCCGGAUUGAUCCUCGCCGGUUCCGCUGACUUCAAGACUGAGCUCUCGCAGUCCGACAUGUUCGAUCCGCGGCUGCAAGCCAAGAUAAUAAAGUUGGUGGACGUGUCAUACGGCGGCGAGAACGGCUUCAACCAGGCCAUCGAGCUGGCGGCGGAGUCGCUGCAGAACGUCAAGUUCAUACAGGAGAAGAAACUCAUCGGCAGAUACUUCGACGAGAUCUCACAGGACACAGGCAAAUACUGCUUCGGAGUGGACGACACUCUGCGCGCGCUGGAGCUGGGCGCGGUGGAGACCCUCAUUUGCUGGGAAAACCUUGACAUACAGAGAUAUGUUCUGAAGCUACACGCAACAGGCCAGGAAACCAUCUUACAUCUGACGCCAGAGCAGGAGAAGGACAAGUCACAUUUCACCGACAAAGAGAGCGGGGUGGAGCUGGAGCUGGUGGAGUGCCAGCCGCUGCUGGAGUGGCUGGCGAACAACUACAAGUCGUUUGGCGCGACCCUCGAGAUCAUCACCGACAAGAGCCAGGAGGGUAGCCAGUUCGUGCGCGGCUUCGGCGGAAUUGGCGGUCUUCUGCGCUACAAAGUGGACUUCCAAUCUAUGCAACUGGACGACGAGGAGAUCGACAACCUGUACGACAUUGACGACUACUAAGCGUGUCAGUGUCGGCCAACGUGGAUCGAUGUCGGCCAACGUGGAUCGGUGUCGGCCAAUAUGGAUCGGUGUCGGCCAUAAUGGAUCGGUGUCGGCCAACGUGGAUCGGUGUCGGCCAACGUGGA